AAACCAAUCCAACCAAUCCAACCAAUCCAACCAAUCCAACCAAUCAACCAAUCCAAAUCCAAACCAAACCAACCAAACCAACCAAACCAAUCCAAACCAACCAAACCAACCAAACCAACCAAACCAACUCAAACCAAUCCAAACCAACCAAACCAACCAAACCAACCAAAC